CACCCUUUCUUCGCUUCAUAAAUCUUUUUAGUUAUUUCUAUUUUCAUUAUUUAAAACAAAAAUGGUACUAAACAAUGUGAAACUUAAUUUCGUCCAAAAAAAAACCUGUGAAACUUAAUUUGAUUUAUAAUUUGAUUUACUUUUAUUUUGCUUUUGUCUAAUGUCGAAUAUUUUCAAAACUUGAAAUUUGGGUUUAUUUAUUUAUAUUUUUUGCUUUUCGAAUCUCGAAUUUCCCACUGUUUCUCUCUCUUUCUAUAUGUGAAAUCCUUUGCCUUGCGUUUUCUGUCUGUGAUUUCAUCGAUCCUCUCUUUCAUUGGCCGCUUCUCUGCAGUUUGUAUUACUUUUUUUUCCUCAAUGGCUAAGCAUUCUUCUUAUAGGCUUUCUGAUCAAGGCAGUGCAAUUUUGAUAUUGCUUGUUUUUCUCAGUGGCUAGGCAUCUUCUCAGAGUUAGAAAAAGGGGCUUUUAGGAUUGCUGUCAGACAAGAAGUGAACCUAAUGAGAUGGUAUAAGUAGUACGAGUGUGGACUGUUAUAGACAUGGGUAGCAACUAGCAAGCCUUUGUGAUAAGGAGCUAUUUGAGUUGGCAUAUACUCAUUAGGUGGAGGGUGCUUGUUAGUGACUAUAGAAUGCUGGUAUAUAAGUUUUGAAGAAUGGAUGAAGAACGCAUGUUGCAUCCCAGUUGGACCGACAAGAGUCCGACUGAAAUGCAAGUUGCUUCACAUUUCUUCAUUCUCUCUUGUGUCAUCGCUGGCCUGGUUGGUAUUUUGACUAUAGUUUACACAGCUUUCCAGUGGAGAAGAAACAUUAACUUAAGUUGGAUGAAAGCUGUAGCUAGGUCAAAGAAAAACCCGAAGGCCAAACAUAAGAGUCCUGCAGCUCCUCAUACUUGGGAGCUGGAAUCCGUAUCCCGUGGAAAGAAAGUAAAUUGCUGUGCUUGCUUGAAGCCAAUGUCACCUUCCCAAACCCUAGGGCCUACGGUAGCUUCAGAUAGUUUCAUUCACCGCUGUAGCAUAUGUGGGGCAGUGGCUCAUUUGAGCUGCUCUUCGCGUGCACAGAAGGAUUGUAAGUGUGUAUCCAUGAUUGGGUUUGAGCAUGUGAUGCAUCAGUGGGCAGUUCGUUGGACAGAGCUUACUGAUCAACCUGAUGAAGCUUCCUUUUGUAGCUAUUGUGAAGAGCCAUGUAGCGGGUCUUUCCUUGGUGGAUCUCCUAUAUGGUGUUGCUUAUGGUGCCAACGACUCCUACAUGUGGACUGUCACAGUAGCAUGUCUAAUGAAACUGGUAAUAUUUGUGAUUUAGGACCAUUCAGAAGGUUGAUUCUCUCACCUCUUUAUGUUAAGAAGUUGAGCCCCAAUUCGGGAUUUCUGAGCUCAAUCACACAUGGUGCAAAUGAGUUAGCUUCUUCAGUGCGGGAAACCAUUAGGAGUCAGGGCAAGAAGCACAAGCAUAAUAAUAAAACCUCAGCUGAUACAGGUAGUAAUGGUAGCAUCUCUGACAUGUCAACAGAGAGUACUGCUGAGACCCCACAAAAUGUAAAUGGUUCUUAUGCAAAAGAAGGGAACUGCAAUGGUAGUAUGAACGUAGGAACCCCAUGCCAAGAUGGUAGUAUUAAUAAGAAAAUAGAGUCAAAUCCAAGUAUCAAAAGAAGUGGAUCAAUUAAUCAGAAGGAUGAGUCUCAAGCUUUAAGGAUGAAGCAAAGAUAUGAGCUGACUGACUUACCACCAGAUGCGAGACCAUUACUGGUUUUCAUCAAUAAGAAGAGUGGUGCCCGGCGUGGAGAUUCCCUCAGGCAGCGCUUGAACCUUCUUUUGAAUCCUGUUCAGGUUAUUGAAUUGAGUUCAACACAGGGACCAGAGAUGGGUCUUUUUUUAUUCAGAAAGGUGCCUCAUUUCAGAAUACUCGUAUGUGGAGGAGAUGGUACUGUUGGUUGGGUUCUUAAUGCAAUAGACAAGCAAAAUUUUGUUUCACCGCCUCCAGUUGCUAUUCUCCCUGCUGGAACUGGAAAUGAUCUGGCCAGGGUUCUGUCAUGGGGAGGUGGUUUGGGCUCAGUGGAGAGACAAGGGGGCCUUUGCACAGUCUUGCAGCACAUAGAGCAUGCUGCAGUAACAAUUCUUGACCGCUGGAAGGUAGCUGUUUUGAACCAACAGGGGAAGCAACUUCAAUCUCCAAAAUUUAUGAACAAUUAUCUAGGAAUUGGUUGUGAUGCGAAGGUUGCUUUGGACAUUCACAACUUGCGAGAGGAGAAUCCUGAGAAGUUUUAUAAUCAGUUUAUGAAUAAAGUGCUUUAUGCAAGAGAGGGUGCAAAGAGUAUAAUGGAUAGAACGUUUGCAGACUUUCCUUGGCAAGUUAGAGUUGAAGUGGAUGGUGUUGAGAUAGAGGUCCCUGAGGAUGCAGAAGGGGUACUUGUUGCAAACAUUGGAAGCUACAUGGGAGGUGUAGACCUUUGGCAAAACGAGGAUGAUACAUAUGAGAAUUUUGAUCCUCAGUCUAUGCAUGAUAAAAUACUAGAGGUUGUAAGCAUAUCUGGAACUUGGCACCUUGGAACACUGCAGGUGGGGCUUUCUCGUGCCCGAAGACUUGCACAAGGACAGUCGAUUAAAAUACAGCUCUUUGCUGCAUUGCCUGUUCAAAUUGAUGGAGAACCUUGGUCUCAGCAGCCAUGUACAUUGGCCAUAUCACAUCACAGCCAGGCCUUCAUGUUGAGGAGGACAGCCGAGGAACGUCUAGGGCAUGCAGCUGCCAUAAUAACCAAUGUGCUUGAGAGUGCUGAAACAAACCAUGUAAUUAACACGUCACAGAAGCGAGCUCUUCUUCAAGAAAUGGCAUUAAGGCUGACAUAGAAAGUUUUUAUCUCGGUACUAAAUGGUCAGCAAUCUAGUUCUUGUUGCACGGGCUUUUCUUAAAGAUGCUCUUGUUUUAUAUCUUCUCUGUUUCCUCACUUUAUCCAAUGUAUACAUCAUGGUAUAUGCCAAAAGCUUCUUGUUGAAGCACGUUUGUGUAUGGAUCUUAUUAAACCUGAAUACGGAAAGGAGCCCCUCAAAUUUAAAGAAGGGUAUAGUUUUGGAAAA